UCAAGUUUGAACUUUGAGGUUAUGUGAGUUCCAAUUUGCUUUCAUCUGAAAUCGAAAGAACGCUGUAAUGUAGGGAUUUAGUAACUCUUAUUUUAUAAAUCAAUCUAUAUUUCCCAUUAUCAAAUUUUAUUUUUCAACCUAGUGAAUUAGUUGUGAUUUAUCGUGGUGUAAACUUAUUGAAAGUGUAAUGGCCAAAGUCAAAUCAGUACUUACCACUCUUAGAAAUAAUUGGAAGAAGACCAUUUUCUUUAGUGGUGCUAUUGUAUAUGGUUUAAAUUAUGGAAAAGAAAAAAUUGAAACCAAUGAUGCUAUGCGACACUACUGUGAAGAGGCUUCCAAGCUUGGAGAUGAAUGGAUUCCGGAUGGAGUGAAACCCAGGCAUGUGACAGUUAUCCUCAAUCCCGUUGCCAAUAAAAGGAAAGCAAAAACGGAUUUCGAGAAAUACUGCGCUCCCCUGCUGCAUUUGUCGGGGGUUUCGAUAGACCUGCUGGUCACAGAGUCGGCCGGCCAAGCUCGGUCGCUGGUAGACUCGGUCGAUUUUGCAAAAACCGACGCCAUUGUUGUGGCGGGAGGAGAUGGUACCCUGUCUGAGGUUGUGACCGGUCUAAUGCGCCGGUGUGAGACGGAGCAGACCCGGCUCAAUAUCCCGGUCGGUGUGCUGCCGUUAGGGCGCACCAACAGCUUUGCGCAUGCGUGGUACCGGAGUCCCAGAACACAGCAAUUGUCGGUGCACGACCUGGCCAAAGCGGCGAUGACCGUUGUCAGGGGCCAGAUGCGGAGUGUCAACACUAUGAAGAUUGAGGUAAGCAUCACUAAUGUUGAAACAUUCGCCAUUAUAGUGGCCUUAUUCUACUGUCUGAGUGGCAUAGAGUGGGGAAUAUUUAGAGAUGCCAACAGCAAGCGAGACAAGUACUGGUACUUUGGAUCGUUGCGCGACUAUGCGGCCUAUGUGUUCAAUGCGCCCACUGAGUCCUAUAACGGCACUCUGGUCUACACAGCUCCCUGUGAUGGCUGCUCCCGUUGUCACGUGUACCGCGAUGAUCUACGGCGCCGAAACAUUGAACCCACCAAAAGAUGGUGGCAUACAUUCAUACCGACCUUCUCGUCGAGACGAACUGGUGAAAAAAUCAUUGACUACAGCUUGAUUACCAAUAAUCAGUGUGGAUCGUUUACUGAAAUUAAGUUCAAUACAGUCGAUUUCUCCAUCAAAACGUCAAAUGUGGAUGCAAGCACCAAUGCUACAAGUAUCUAUAUUGGUCCCGACUCAAUGACAUGGUGGGCUUUCUUGAACGAGGGCUGGAAGCGAGUGAGAGGAGAGUAUAGUACCAGACCGAGUCAGUCGAUGAUACACGCUCAAAAUAUUCAACUCUGGCCCUCAACUUAUGACAUGGAACGUUGGUUGUCUAUUGACAGCGAGGACUACGAGUUCAACCCUAUCUCCAUAGUCCUGCUCUACAAUGCAUUGGACGUUCUGUGUCCGGAGAACGAAACCGACGCAAAAUCAGCGCAAAAUCUCAAACCGAAAACCAAAUCGUUCACUUCCAGUUACCUUUCUGCGGCCAGAAGUUCGAACUCUUUUUUCCAGAAGUGAAAAAGUGGACUUGAUCGGUUGUGAAGUGUAGGUAAAAACGUUUCGUUGUUUCACGAUCUAAAUUAUCUAGUAGUGAGUUCAAAGUUUCAAUUCUGUGCAAUCAUUGAAGAUGAACUGGGUUGCUGAUGGAGUAGGCUCUGGAAUAUAAUGACUUGUGAUGUCAAGUUUGUGGAGAUGAUGAGUUCUAUAACUUCAUCCUAUCUCCAACUUAUUAGGAGAAUUAUUGUAGAAUAGUUUUUGGUAUGGUGGAACUUUUCCAUACUUGAGAACACUGAUUUUUUCCAAUUCCACUUUAAUGCAUUGGAAAAUAUUGAAACCAAUUGAUUUACAGUACAAUCAUGUCAUAGUGAGUUCUUAUGAAUGUCAUAAGUUUUACAACUUCAUCCUAUCUCCAACCCAUUUAUUUACUGUAGAAUACUCAAUAUGGUUUACUAUAGAACACUUAUUGAGAACACUAUAGAACACCCUUAUUGAGAACACUGGUUUUUCAACUCCACUUUAUUUAGUAUUUUUCUUCUGGUCUAUCGUUUGUAAAUAAAGAACUAAAUGAAGUGAAAUUGAUAACACAAUCAGUUUUCUCAAGUUAUGGGGGAGUAUUGACGAUGUGAAAGAAAUUUUAUCUAUGGGAGAAGUAAUGCAUAUUCAGUGGACUUUGAAAAUAUUCACUAUUAAUGGCAGUAAUUCUAAUUACAUAGUAAAUUUAAAAAUGAGUCAUUAUGACUGUCUUUGUUGCAUUCUAAUUAUUGUUUAUUGUUGUGUAAUAAUAACUAUUGUUGUUAAAUUUUUGA